GCGGCACUCAGUCCUCGACCUACCGCCGCGCCGCUCGCGCGCGCCAUGGACGCACGCGAAUUAAAAAGUUAAACUAAAAAAAUCAAAAUGUCAUUCCGAAGGCUAGUGAGCGCGGUGAGGUCCGCGCGUGAAGCGCUCGCCCGCGGUGCCCCUAUGGCGGACAAUAUAUUAAAAAGUUUAGUUUCUGUUAUUGUUAUUUGUUGUAUUGCUGUGUCUUCGCCGCCGAGCGCUUCUGCGAAACCGUUCGCGUUGAGUUUUCCCGCGGGAUGGUCGCUGGCGGGGCUGGUUGGCAGUGUGGGGGCAAGGUCGGACGACUCGGCGCGGCCCGCGGCAGGGGUUAAGCCGUAUACGGGGAGGAGGGUUGGGAACGACACGCUGAGGAUGAUCUACUACUACGACCAGACGGUGGCCGUGGUGGAACUGGGACCGGAGAAGCUGUUGCUCAAUUGCGAGCUCAUCGAGACCAUUGACGAGGAAGACACAGAGCGUCUGCUACGCCAACUGGGCCGCAUCAACAGACCUCUGGGCAUCACGUUCCCGCAGAUGAUCAAGCUCAUGGGCCAAUGUCAGCAGGUAACGCCUCGGCUUCGCAAAAAGGUGGAGGGAGUAGAAGCCCACCCACACGUGACGUCACGCGGCGAAACAUGGCGGGAGGGAGGAGCGGCCCGCGCUCGGCUGGACAAUGGGGGGACCCAUGCUGGCCUACUAGGGGGGAGUCCACUUACAUUACUGCAGGGGAUCAUACCUGGCACAAAAUGGUGCGGCACAGGCGACAUAGCAUCCGACUACCACGACCUAGGCGCCGACCGCCGCCUGGACCGCUGCUGCCGCUCACACGACCUCUGCCCCACCAAAGUCCGUGCCUUCUCCCGCCGCUACAACCUCACCAACAACUCUUUAUACAGCAAAUCACAUUGCACAUGUGAUGACAUGCUAUUCGACUGCCUCAAACACACGAACACUUCGGCCUCGCACCUCAUGGGACAUAUUUAUUUCAACAUCGUGCAGGUCCCGUGCCUCGAGGACGCGCCAAACGGCAGGAAGUUUAGGAACGCCAAGCAAGGCUUUUAGCGUAUCAGCGCCAUCUUGUGACGGUUCGAAAUUUGCAUUUCUAUUCAAGGAGUGUAACAAGAAGCUGAGAAUACCUAACAGUGGUGUUUGCAUGAAGAAUAAAAAAUUGAGGCAAGGAAUAUGACCGUAAUAACUGACUCACUUUCCCUGUCUCUUUUUAGAGGGGAUUCCAGGAAAGUCAAAUACCAAAGUCGCUAUUUUUUAGGGAAUCGUCCCGCAGAGAGAGACAGAGCGUAAUGACAUAUAGGUCUCUACCUUGCCUCAAACAUUUUUUAUUCUCCAAGCAAACUUCAGUGUUAUUAAAUAAUAAGUUUCUUGGACUGUAAAUAAAGACAUUUUUAACUGUGAUACGCCUGUGCCUUUACGAAUGCCCCGGAGGCAUUAUGGUGGCGCUUCAUUUCAUGUUGGUCAAGUAUUUAAUUGUGUCUUACCAUACGUAUGCCUACAAGUGUAAGGCAACGUCAACGCCAUCUAUUUGAAACUCGAGAAAUUAAAAAGUACUCCACACCGAUUUAGGUAAAAUACUUCAACCCGCCAACCCCAUUGAUUGAGAUAAAAUUAGUGUCCGACCGAAACAUGUUUUUUUUUGCCGGAACCGAAACCGAAGCUUUCGCUCUAGUUUCGGCCGAAACCGAAACUCUUGUAGACUUGUUAAAAUCGUUGAAAAAAUGUCAUAAAAAAGCUUUUAUAUACCAAUAUUAAGCCCGCUCAAGACUACGCGGAUUCGCGCCGCGAUUCCCACACGAGUGUGGAGGACCCGUUAAGACUGCGUCGACCAUCCAGUGGCGCCCUCAUCAGGGGAAUAGUGUUUUCUAAUAAACCAAUUAAUUUCGGUCUUUGUCACAUAGUUUAGUUUCAUAGUACGAAGUACCAUAUCGUAACUUUCGGCCCGGCCGAAAGGUUCGGCUGUUUUUUAGCCGAAACCGAAACUACGGCCGAAACAUAAUUUUUUUCCCGAAACUGGCCGAAACCGAAUCUUCGGUCUGACACUAAAUAAAAUAUUCUUUUUCUCGGUGUGGAAGCACCAACAAACAAAUGAAGUGCUACCUAUAGAUAGACAGUGGCGCUAUAUAAAAUGGUUUGACGAAUGCAUUAUCAUGGCAAUUUAGUUAUAAGGGCGUAUCAACUUUUUGACCGACACAAAUCAUCCACACCUUCUUAACUUCGUUUGUACACCUUUGAAUUUAAUAAUGGCUCUUUUAUGUUUCAGUUUGUGGAUUUAAGGCCCAAAUUAUAAAUAUGAUACUAUGUAGAGUCAAACCAAGAAAAGUUUGCAGAGAUUUUGACAGCACAUGCAGUGCAGGUCAUGGAGACUAUAUAAAGGAGCCAAAUCUCUAUGUAUGAAAAGUGUCCAUCAAAAAACAGUAAUUAGGCGGCGCCACCGUACACCGAAAUACUACCAAAAACAACCUACGUAAUUUGGUCGGGUUAUUUGUUGCCUUAUAUGGUUCAUGUUAUACUCAUGUCCCAGAGCCUAACUAGCGCCACCGGAGAGAUUAGGAACUAUUAUUUAAAGCUGAAAGCGGUCACUUUUGCAACAAUUCUGCCAUAAGAGAUUGCGAUCCUUUCUAUACCAUCCAUAGUGCAGGUGUUAUUUUAAACUUUUAUGAAUUAUUAAAUUAUGACGAAAUAACACUGGCACUGCGUCGUGCUGGCAAAAUCUCUGCAGACUUUUCUUGGUCUAACUCUAGCUAUAUUAUAUAGCCCUUGGUAACUCCAGAGACAUUUGGAGUAACGCAAGAGACACUCAAAACUAUCUGUCGAAAAGUUGAUUCGCCCAUAAUUCAUUGGUUUUCAAGUGAUAUUUUCUGUCAAGCUCUAUAGAUUUAUGGUGAAUGAACAAAUUAUAGAAAACCUUACUUGAAAAGCGAUCAAAAACACAAUACUAAUUAUUUAUUUGUAGACAAUUGUAGAGAACAAGUUGUGAACUAAAAGGCACCAAAAUGACGAUUUUGUUUGAACCAAAUGAUUCAAAUUUAUUUAUUCAGUAGCACAUUGUAAUAGAUCAAAGGUAUUUUGUGAUUAUAAAAUAAAUGCGGUUUAUACCAAAUAAAACUAUUUAUUUAAACA